UACACGUGUGACGUUUUUGUUGGGGCGACUAUUUCGUGGGACAUUCAUGAAACUUCUUUUUUGUGUCACAUUCUAUUUAUUAAUUCGAAGAAAAUCGUGAAAGAAUAAGAAAAGUUGGUUUUUGUGCCAUAAAUACACCCUCCGCUAAAAAAAGUAGCCGUUUAAAAUGCGUGAAAAUACACCACCACGUGUAAACGAAAUUGAAGAUGAUGAUGCUGAAGAGAUAAUCUUCGCCAAUGAUGUGCCACCCGAUGACGACGAAUUGGAAAUGGAGGAAAUCACCAUGGAAGAGUUGGAAGCGCGUUAUGGCUAUCUUUCUGAUGUAGAAGAAAACACGGAGGGCAGAUUUUCGCAGUCGCCAGAACGUGAUGACGCCAUACUAACAUUCAUGAAGCAUAAAUCAGCUGUAUUUGGUUGUUCAUUACAUCCUACUCGGCCGCUGGCUGCUACUGGCGGUGAAGAUGAUCGCGCUUAUGUUUGGAAUAUAAACACUUGCGAAGUGAUGCUUGAAAUUGCGGAACAUAAAGACACCGUCACCGAUGUCCAUUUCAGUUACGAUGGCACUUAUCUAGCCACCGGCGACAUGGCUGGCGAAUUAUUUGUACACAAGUUGCAAGAGAGUGAGUCUAGUCCACAGUUAACGCUGCGCAAAGUGUGGGAAUUCUCGAUGGGCGAUAUGACUUGGAUGUGUUGGCAUCGUGCUGCUAAUGUCCUAAUGGCGGGCAGUGAAAAUGGUGAAGUGUAUGUCUGGCGUAUACCCUCAGGCGAUUGUAAGAUACUACCUGGAGAAGGUGUGCGCUGCGGUGUAGCCGAUUUGACCGGUGAUGGAAAGAGGCUCUUUGUUGGCUAUACAAAUGGUGCAGUCAAGCUGUGGGAUCUAAAGAGUUGCACAGUGGUCAUGGAAGUAGAUGCACAAAAUCCAAUGGCGCAGCAAACGGUUGUAUUGUCGGUGGCGUGUGAAAAGGACUCACCGUUUUACGCCGCCGGAGCAGCAGAUGGUAAAAUUGUUUUCUGCACAAAUAGUGGUCCGGUGGGUGCUGUAGAGGCUGAUGGUUCAGUAGAAUAUUUAGCAUUUCCGCCUUCCAAUGACCUUAAAAUAGUUGCCAGUGGUACAUUGCAAGGACAAAUAGCAAUUUGGGAUUAUACAAAGUAUAAUUUGCGCACAUUAUGCGAUCACACCUUUGUAGAAGGUGACAAUUCCAAUAAAUUUCAAGGUGGCAUAACCCGGCUGAAGUGGCUCAGUGAUCAUACGCUCAUGGCAGCUACAAUGGAUGGCAAUGUGAUUGCUUUUGAUGCGCGUUCUGGCGCACGCAAAUUUACCCUCGAGGGACAUAUGGCGGAAAUCUAUGAAAUGUGUUAUAAUCCACAUGAAAACAUCUUGUUGACAGUAUCGGAGGAUCAUCGAGCGAAAAUCUUUAAUAUACCACAGCUGGGCGAUUAAUUGCUUUAUAGGCAAAAAUAAUUCGCAUUGGCUGUUAUGCAGCAGCAGUACGGCGCGCGGAGCAAGAAUAUAGCAUGCGUUUGUUGUAAUAGGUAUGCAUACUUUGACUGUUAAGGACGUAAAUAUGUACAUACAUACAUAAUUAUGUAUACAAAAUGUUAAAAAAAAUUUUAGUUGCAAAUAAGUUUCUUUUUUAUAAUU